AUGUCCAGCACUGCAAAAAUCGCUCUCAUCACCGGAGCUACCGGAGGCAUAGGCAAAGCAACUUCUUAUGCCCUGGCAAAGGAAGGCUUCUCCGUGGCUCUCCACUACAACGCGGCUCCUGAAUCAAGCGUAAAAGAACUCCUUGAUGGCGUCAAGAGUGCGGCAUCAUCCUCGUCCAACGAGGGCCAGCAAGUCUUCAAGGCCUUCCAAGCCAACCUCGGCGACCUCGAGGCCGUCAAGCGUCUACAUAAGGAUGUCGUCUCCAGCAUGGGUGAUCCAGCUGUGGUAUUCCUUAAUGCUGGAUCUACCGCCGGUCUGAACAGCGUGUCUCACAUCUCGGACAUUACGCCGGAAAUAUUUGAGCAGACGUGGCGGAUCAACACCGCGUCACCGUUUUUACUGACGCAGCUAUGCUUGCCGGCCAUGGAAAAGGUGCAGUGGGGUAGAAUUAUUUUCAACAGCUCAGUGGCUGGCAUCAAUGGUGGUGUUAUCGGAGGCCAUUAUGCGAGCAGCAAGGCCGCCCUGCAUGGCUUGGUGCACUGGUUGGCUGGGGUGGUUGCCAAAAAGGGUAUCACUGUCAAUGCACUUGCACCGGCAUUGGUCGAAGACACGGCCAUGUUGCCUGUUGGUGGAGAUGAGCUUGCCAAGAAGAUUCCUGUCGGACGAUUUGGGCGGCCAGAGGAAAUGGCCAACACGGUGGUCUGGAUGGUUAAGACUGCUUACCUGACUAACAAGGUGAUUGCGGUAGAUGGCGGCUUCUCUUACGGCGGUUAG